UUGGUUUGGUUUUGUGUCUGGAAGGGGCYUUUUAAAAUGUAUUUUUCUUAGGACACAUUUCCUAAUUCUAACAUUUUGUCUUUGCUUCUCUUCCCUUGGCUCACAGCUGGGAUGCUCGGAGUGAGAUGGGACAGGGAUUUGCUCCCUGUAAAUGUACAAGAGAAACUUUCUGCUUUAUCACUGCUCCCAAAUAUUCAUUACUUGUAUUAUUUAUUCCCAGUUCCUUAUUCCUGUAUUUGGAAAGAAAAGCUCCACCACCUUUGAGAUGGGAAUUUGGUUUAGUUCACGGAUUUUCCAAGUAAAUGCCGUUGUUGGUUACAGCAGAGUGGGUUUUGCUCUCCCACUUGCCAGGAAUGAACUGGCAAUCCUGGAGCACAGUUAAUUUGAGCGGGGAGGUUUACGUGCCCCUGGGGCCAUUCCCAGCCUGGGAUCCGUGUGCUGGGAAUGUUCCACGGGUGCUGUGGUGUCAUUCCCAGGUUGAUGCUGAGGAGCCGCUCGGGUGCCGCUGACUCCAUCCUCGGCUAUGGACAUCGUCCUGUCCGACUUUGUUCGCUCAACGGGGGCAGAGCCUGGGCUGGCCAGAGACCUCCUUGAAGGCAAGAACUGGGACCUGAGCGCGGCGCUGAGCGACUUCGAGCAGCUCCGGCAGGUCCACGCGGGGACCCUGCCCCAUUCCUGCAGCGACAGCCCCGGGGCUCGGCCCCCGGAACGGGAACUGCCCCGGCCGGCCAGGCCCCCGCUGCAGCGCCAGGAUGACAUCGUGCAGGUUCCGCUCCAGCUGCUCUCCCUGAGCCUUGGUUUCGGAAGGGCUGAGCCCCCCAGUGCCCCCCAGUGCCCCCAGUGCCCCCAGUCCUGUGCUGUGCCAUGGUUUCACGCUCUCCCAAUCUCCCCAGGGCGCCUGAACUGGUGGGUGACGGUGGAUCCGAGCUGCCAGCGGCUGCUGCCCCUGGCCACCACUGGCGAUGGGAAUUGCCUGCUCCACGCCGCCUCCCUGGGAAUGUGGGGCUUCCACGACCGGGAUCUGAUGCUGAGGAAAUCCCUCUAUACCCUGAUGGACAAGGGAGCGGAGCGGGAAGCGCUGAGGAGGAGGUGGCGCUGGCAGCAGACGCAGCAGAACAAGGAGUCUGGCCUGGUUUACACGGAGGAGGAGUGGCAGAAGGAGUGGAACGAGCUGAUCAAGCUGGCGUCCAGCGAGCCCCGGGUACACUACGGCACCAACGGCGGCGGCUGCGGCGGGGUGGAGAGCUCGGAGGAGCCRGUGUACGAGAGCCUGGAGGAGUUCCACGUCUUUGUGCUGGCCCACGUGCUCAAGAGACCCAUCGUGGUGGUGGCAGACACGAUGCUGCGCGACUCGGGUGGUGAAGCAUUUGCCCCAAUUCCCUUUGGAGGGAUCUAUCUGCCCCUGGAAGUCCCAGCCAACAAAUGCCAUCGCUCUCCAUUAGUCCUGGCUUAUGAUCAAGCCCAUUUUUCUGCCCUGGUCUCCAUGGAGCAGAAGGAAAACACGAAGGAUCAAGCUGUGAUCCCCCUGACGGAUUCUGAGCACAAGCUGCUCCCCGUGCACUUCGCCGUGGAUCCSGGGAAGGAGUGGCAGUGGGGGAAGGACGACARUGACAAUGUCARGCUGGCCAGCGUGACGCUGUCGCUGGAGGCCAAACUGCACCUGCUGCACAGCUACAUGAAUGUCCGAUGGAUCACAUUGCCUUGUGACAUGCAGGCACCUCUGGCUCAGCCAGAAUCCCCCACAGCCUCUGCAGGGGACGAUGCUCGCUCAGCAGCAGAGUCGGGCGAGUCGGACAAGGAGUCGGUGUGCAGCAGCUCUGCCAGCAACGGGGGCACCAGGGCGGGCAAGGACAGGGACAAACCGAAGAAGGAGCGGGAAAAGGAGAAGGAAAAGGAUAAAAAACGGGCAGACUCAGUGGCCAACAAGCUGGGAAGCUUCGGGAAGACUCUGGGCAGCAAACUAAAAAAGAACAUGGGGGGUCUGAUGCACAGCAAAGCUGUGAAGGGUGGCUUGAGUAACGGGCAGGGAGACACCCUGGAGAAAAAGAAGAAGGGAUCCCUGAAGGCACGGAAAGGCAGCAAAGAGGAAUGUGCCCCAGGAGACUUGUCAGCUCCUGCAGAGAAAACGUGUGCAGGUAAAGCAGCGCCRGAGAAGGCGUCGGAUCCCUCCAAGUACAGCAACGACGUGCGGCUGAGCCUGAGCAUCCUGCGCGCAGCCAUGCAGGGCGAGCGCAAGUUCAUCUUCGCUGGCCACCUCAAGACCAGCASCCGGCACCAGUUCCAGGAGGAGAUGAUCCAGAGGUACCUCCUGGACGCCGAGGAGCGUUUCCUGGCAGAGCAGAGGCAGAAGGAGGCGGAGAAGAAGGCACUGGGCAGCGCUGCCCCGGCCAAGAGGCCRGAAGGAGAGGCGGGUGCCCCGCGGAGCGAGGAGGUGAUGCCGAGCCCGGUGUUCUCCCAGCCACCCCAAACCUACCCGCCCCAGCCCCUGGAGACAGCCCUGGGUGCUAAGAUAGCCGCUUUUCCUGCCAGCUAUUCCGGUGUUUUCACCUUCCCCAGGCCCUCCGUGGGCAGUGCCGAGGGGCUGAACCCCCCCGGGUGCCCCGAGGGCCGGCGGCAGCUGGCAGGGGGUCCCUGCGGGAGCCUCCCCCCCUACGCCACCCUGCCCCGGCACCACCAGGGCCGGCUCAGCCCCUGCCCCCCCGGCCCUGCCCCCCUGGGCCGCUUCUCCCCCACGGACACGGAGCUGCAGCCCCCGUUCCCUGUGCAGUGCGAGGGCUCCGGCUGCCUCUCCCCGCACAGCAACGGCUGCCGGCAGCUCCUCGAGCAGGACAAGGSAGCGACGGCGGAGAAAAUGAGAAGCCAGGCCCUCUACAGCAUCCAGCAGACCAAGUGCAAACAGCCCAACUGCAGCUUCUAUGGACACCCAGAGACCGGGAAUUUCUGCUCGUGCUGUUACAAGGAGGAGCUGCGGCGCAGGGAGCGGGAGGCUCUGGUGCACCGGUUCUGACGCUGCCCCUGCCUGCAGCCAGACCCACGGAACGUGGGCAAUGCAAUAAGAGAGAUCCCUUUUGGUUUUACACCCACCCACRCUCCCCUCCCACUCUGCGGGAGCUGGGAGCAGGCGUUGGGCCAGAUGGGCUGGGGAAGGGCAUGGAGAGGGGGAACAGUCCCUGCUGUCCCAGAGCCCCUGGAGUCASGAGGAGGAGGAGGAKGAGGAUUCCCAGGGUGCCUGGGGACAGUGGGGGCUGCUCAGGUCGGAGCACAGGGUGAGGGGGGAGAAUUCCUCAAAAACUCAAUAAACCAGACCAAAGCUUUGGGGGCGGGCAGGGGGAGCAGCUCCCGCCACGUCCUUCCCGCUGCCCCGACCACCUGGGACGGAGCAAAACCGCCCCAUUUUGAGCGUCACAAACCUUUUAAUGGAGUUUUUUAACACUGGUUUUAUUCUGUAUUUCUUCUUGCUGGUACUGAGCGACACCACAUCGGAGUUGGACAUUGGUGAGGUGGGGUGGGUUGGACUCCUGCCCCACCCAGUCCCGGGUGGCACCAGGAUGGGCUGAGGGCUCCGUCCCCGCCCUCCCCGACCGACGAGCUCAACUCUGGCUUUAAAAUGUUGUUUUUAAACUCUUUCUGAGUCGGGGAGAGCCAGGGGGGCUCCCAGUGCUCAAGGGAUUGGAGGUUUCUCUUCCUGUGCAGAAGCCCCGGUCCACAGGAGGGCUGAGGCGAGAUCCUGGGUCAGUGGCGUGGGGCAAAUCCCCCAGGAAUGGCCACUGGAAAGGGGCCCCAGAGCAUCCCAGUGCUGGGCUGGAGCCGGGGAGCCACAGCCCCAUGGAACUCCUACUUGAGCACAGCUACUCUUGUACUACCUCUGAUCCUGAUUAACUUGGCUCCGUUGUGCUGAGCCACCAACUGACCUUUAGGCUGCAGAAUUAAUCCAUAUUUUUGAUAACAGGGCUAAAAAGCAGAACAGUAAGGUAAAAUUCUCCCGUGACUAAUGUCCCGCGCUAUUCCUGACCCCAUCCCGGCCCCCUGGCUCCCAGGGUGGGAUUCACUUUAGCACUGCGAUGUUUGCACAGAAUUCCUUGGGUUUUUUGGUAACUGCAGCUCUCAAAUGGGGCCCGAUCCUGCACGGAGUGAGGUGCAGCAUUUCCUAUCACAUGGAAAUAAAACAGGAGUUCUAUCUUUCCGUGAGA